GCACAAGAAUGGGCUGCCAGGCUGGCCCGCUUCGGGGAGGACCAGGAGGCGCUGGAGAAGCAGAGGGAGGACGUGGAGCUGCAGAGGCAGAGCCAGGAGUUGCACUCCAAGCUGGCCCAGGAGACGAUCACAUCUUUAGACGAGGAGCUGCGGCGCAGGGCGGAGGCGCUGCAGGACCAGGAGGCGAUGAUGCGACAGCAGAUGUUGCAUUCGCGGGGCCGGCUCGCGAUGGUCCAGGCUCGCGUGAUGGACAUGAUCGAUAAAAACGCGAACAGCCAGAAGGGGAACAUCUACCUCCAGAUCAGCCAGGACUUGGACGAGCACGACGAGCCCGAGGGCGAGGAGACUGCCGUGAAAGACACGGACGCCGACAUGUGGGACAUGGACUGGUCCAAGGCCAUCUCUGCUCGCGGGUCGCCGGCGGUGGAGGCGGGCGGCGCCUGA